AUGGAUCGAAACAAGGCCACGCUACGCAUCAGCGCAUCAGCAACAUCUGGGCACUUCCAGGUCUACCAGAACACUGGGCACACAUGUGUAAAAUCCCGUUCGUUUGGUUGCGGAUCGACGGAGACCAACGGUUUGGGAUGGGUUGGACUUUCUGAUUCGCCAUGUUUUUUCACCGGUGGUGCUCAACGAGGGAAAGUCUCCGGCCUUAGCAUCCCCGGAGCCACGUUGAGGAUGGGAUGGGACUAUGGCCUGGGAUGGGAUAGUAAGAAGCACCAGCUACAGAAACCCAGAGCAGGGGAACCCCAAAGGGUGAAAGCAACGGUGAUGGGCUUUUACAUCUUCGGCCUCAAGGGUCUAAGUGUUCUCCACAUGUACUGGUACACAGUCGAGACAAGCGGGGAGCAUCAACGUCGUCUACUCCGUAUUUUGGCAGUUCACAUGAAAGAACGGCCAGAGGGUUGGAUGCAGCCCGACAGCGUUUUGACAUACAAAAUGUGUGGCAAGAUACUGAAUGCCGUGGCCAGCACUAGCAAACAACUUCCCAUACUCAGCUGUAGCAACGCCAUUGGAGACCUGAUAGAAACGCCGAUAUGA